CCAUUCAACCAGGUCCGGAAGAAGCUCAGCUCCGGCAGGUGCAGGACAUCGGGACUGGCCUCGCACAUCUGCACGAAGCCCAUUAACUCUGCCACUUUUCGUUUGUCCAUGUUGCUCGGUCGCGUCGAGCAGACAGCACACUGAAUUACGUAAAAAACAAGUAGACAGAAAACAAACAAACAACUCAGCUCAGUGUGGCUUUGUUUACGUGCUAACACUAAUACCAGCUUUGCUAAGCUAGCUAUGCUAACGUGCAGAGGAUGAAUUAGCAAACCUCGCGUUGUUUACUCUACAACGCAGAAAGACUAGCAAUGAAGCAAUCGUGCACAACAAGCUUUAGUGGCUAUGUUUAAUAGUCGCAGAAGGCAUGAGUUUGUACACAUUUCUGGAAAUGUAAAGCCGUCCCAGUUUGACGCAUGAUAACGUCGUUAGCUAUCAGCGUUAGCUUCCAAAAUGGACGGUGAUUUAUAAAACGAGUUGGAAAGCUACAGCCAAGAAUGACAAUAACUGAAGGGAAACGCACCUGAUAGCAGACGCGAACAGUUCACACAGGAGAAUAAUAAACAGGAAGGCUGCAGGUGAAUUUUAUCGACACUGCUCUGCUUCAGUUGCGUGUCGUCGCUUUUGUGUUUUCAUUCAGGCGAGAAACAGGACAGACUGACAGAGGACCCGGGGUUCUGAUGCCCUGAGUAAAACCCGUCAGGCAACUAAUAGAGGCAUAUAAUGAACGAUUAAAGCUUGAGUAUCUUUGCUGAACUCAGAAUCUUACUCAAUUAUGUAAAAGUUUCAGCAUCAACUUAAAGUGCAAACAUUAUACAUAAUGCCGAAUGGCCCAUUUCAGAGCCAUAUUUAUCACUGAAUUGUAAUAAGUGAUGUAUUUAAUCAGUGUUGCAGCUGGUAAAGGUGGGGUUUAUUUGAAUGACUUCAUAUCCUUCUUGGUAGUAUAAACAAUAAUAAUAUAUGUAAUUUUAAAGAUCUGAAUACUUUUUCCAAACUCCGAAGCAGAAGGUGGCGGUAUUGCUUGUAGGCUGUUGGCAAGUUUCCUGGGAGGCAAAACUCAGGGCAGUAAUUCCCCAUCUACACACACGACCAGUGUUAGCAUUAAGCUAACGAUGCUAACAGCCAGCUUAGGAGCGAUUUAAUAGUUAUAUGAAAGUAUUUUAACAAAGGUUAGCACACAUUGCUGUAACUGGUCGGUGUCCUCCAGUUGCAGAAGCAAUGUUGCCCUCAAACAGCUCCUUGGUGAGGUCUGCUGUCAGGCUGCUGAGAACCUGGAGUCCAGGAUGUGUCUCAUGCCCGUGCAGAAACAUUUCUCCGAAACCCGGAGGUUUGAAACCAAACACUCUUCCACAGCGGUACCUGGGCCAGCCGAGCCCCUUCACUCAUCCGCACCUCAUCAAACAUGGGGAGGUGACCCCGGGUUUGACCCAGACAGAGUUCGAGCUCCGCAGACUCAAACUGGCCUCACUGAUCGAGGCGCAGGCCGACAGGCUGGGACCCUCUGCCUCCUCCAGCACACAUGUGGUCGUUGUGUUGUCUCACCCGACUCGCUACAUGACCAACGACAUCCCCUACCCCUUCCACCAGAACCAGGAUUUUCUCUACCUCAGUGGCAUCAUGGAGCCUGACAGCGCCUUGGUUCUGUACGGGACAGGACGACCGGACCAGGCCAUCUUGUUCGUGCCCCGCAGAGACCCGAGCAGAGAGCUGUGGGACGGGCCCCGUUCUGGGAAAGAUGGAGCGUCUGCUUUGACCAGGAUCGAGAGAGUUCACAGCACAGAAGAACUGGGUUUAGUGCUCAAGAGCCUUAAAGGCACUGUGUUGUGGUACGACAGCUCUCAGCCGGCACACCCUCGGCUCCAUCAGGCCCACGUUGGCCCCCUGCUGGAGGCGGGGCCGAUGCCACACUCCCUCCGACCCCUCAUUCACUCUCUGAGGGCUGUCAAGAGCUCCGCUGAGGUGGCCCUGAUGCAAGAAGCAGGUCACAUCUCUGCACAGGCUUUUCGGAAUACGAUGGCCAUGUGUCGAGGAGACGUGGAUGAAGCUGUGAUCUUUGCUAAGUUUGAUUUUGAGAAUCGGAUCCAUGGCGCUAACUUCCUGGCCUACCCGCCUGUUGUUGCCGGAGGAAACCGAGCCAACACUCUGCACUACAUCAACAACAACCAGAUCAUCAAGGAUGGUGAAAUGGUGCUGCUCGACGGAGGCUGUGAAUACUUUGGUUACGUCAGUGAUAUCACCCGGACAUGGCCAGUGAAUGGAAAGUUCAGUCCUGCGCAGGCUGAGCUGUACGAGGCGGUGCUUGAGGUGCAGCGCUCCUGUUUGUCGAUGUGUUCGCCGGGCGUCAGUCUGGAUCACAUCUACAGCUCCAUGCUGGCUCUGCUGGGUCGGCAGCUCCGGCGGCUUGGCAUUGUGAAGGCCAGCAGCAGCGACGCUGACGUACUGAAGGCUGCACGGCGGUACUGCCCCCACCACGUCGGACACUACCUGGGGAUGGACGUCCACGACACUCCUGAGCUGUCCCGCUCACAACCUCUGCAGCCGGGGAUGGCCAUCACCAUAGAACCAGGGUUGUACAUAGGCGAGGACAACGACCAGGUGCCCAAGCGUUUCCGUGGAUUGGGCGUCAGGAUAGAGGACGACGUGGUGAUCCGAGACAAAGGAGGUGCUCUGAUUCUGUCUUCCAACGCACCAAAGACCAUCGCUGAUGUAGAGAAAGCCUGCGCCCAGAGAUAGGGCAGGGAGAGACAGACAGGUGACAGAAGUGAGACACAGCUUCAUCAGUGUGCUGGGAUUUUCCUAAAGUUUCCCUCCGUGGUGACGUCAUCCGACUCAGGAUGAUGAAAGGUGGGAGUACACUGCAAAGACUCUGCCUCAACAAGGCCCAAAAAUAUAGACAAUAUGAUGUGGAAGACAUCUUUCUAACUGUUUAAAGAAACUGGUUCUUGUUUGUGUUUGACAGUGAGUGAUUAUAAAAGAUAAAAGGUGGGUUUAGUUGUGGGUGCGGAAUAGUUUGAAGUGGGUUUGUAUGAGGUAGUACCUACAGUAGGUGAUGAAGUUUGGAGAAAAAGACAGAAGGACACCUGAUUGAAAACUUGAUUUAAAAAUGUAACUUAACCUAGCGAAAUGCAAAAGCUCAAAAAUAAAAAAGGUCUUUUACUGCAUUGAUCAGUUUGUUUGGUUAGUUUGGUUAGUAUGGUUAGUUUUUGGAUAGUCGAACAAUAAUGCAAACUUAACAAGGCGGUGUGAGACCCACAACUUCUUUGUUCUUCAGCAGUACACCCAAAUCAGGGCCAUGCAGAUCACCAUCUACUGUAGGUAAAACACUAUGACUAUCAAAAAGUGCUUCAUCCAACCCCACUUCAAAAACUAUACCUUUAAGGGGUGACAGUGAAGCUUGAGAUAACUGACGUAUUGCUUCUCAAAAAUGUAAAAACACCUAAGGGCUAAGGCAGCUAAAGCAAAACCACAUGGAAACUUGUCGUACAUCCUUCUGUUGCUGUGUGGUGAUGGUGCUACAGCAGCUGAAAUCCCAUGCUGAACUUUAGAUUUUAAGAACCUAGGAACACCAGUUACCUACUGCCUCAAUUAAAUAUUUAACUCAAGACCCAGUGUUAACAUCCAACAACAAUGGACGCUUCAGUAUUAUCAACAUCAUGGCACACCAGGGUAUAAUUGUUUGUUGUCUCACUCGAAAAAACCUUCCUGGUACAAUGUAAUGUGACUUGUGUUGAAGUGAACACAGUAUGUAAUUAUUCAAAUAAAAUAAAAAGGGAUUUCGACAA